GAAACAGGUUUAAUCAAUUGUGAAUUGGCAAAUAUGGAAGGGAAUUCUUCUCAUGCUUCUGUGAAUCCGCCCACCACCACUCCUACUAAUACGAGAUCGGAUGCCAAUACAACUAGUGUAAAUGGAAAUAAAGAUAUGGCUUGGGAAUGGGGAAUUCAAAAGGAUCCAUUAAAUAAACAAAAUAUUUGGUACACCUUGUGUGACAAGAGAGUAUGUGGAGGGAUCACAAGGUUAAAAGAACACCUUACUCAUACGGGAGGAAAUGUAGCUGCUUGCAGUAAGGUGACUACGGAGAUCACCAAGAAAGUGCUUGAAUCAAUGAAAGAAAAAGAUAAGAAAAAAAAGGAAAGAAAAAGAACAACAGAAAUACUUAGAUCAACAAGUUGUAUAGACCUUUCUGAAAAUGAGGACGAGCAAGACGAUACCCCACAAGUUAAAAAAAGAAAGUUUGUAAGUUCUAGUAAUGUACGGGGUCCUAUUGAUGAUGUUUACAAGUCAGACCAUGGAAAAGGAAAGCAAACUACAUUGGAUAAGAAUAAUCCGAUUAAAGAGAAGUUGAAGAAGGUAGCUUGGAAAAAGAUUGCGGUUUGGGCUUAUUCGGUAGGUUACCUUUCAAUGCCGUACAUGAUGAGGGUUUCCAAGAUGCGAUCAAUGCCAUUGGAGAAUAUGGAAGAGAAAGAAGCAACAAUCGCGACCGCUUUGACUGAAGCAAGAGCUAUUGUGGUUUAUAUUUAUAACCAUGGAAGGAUUCUCAAUAUGAUGAGAAAGCUGACAAAGAAUAGAGAGUUGCACAGGUCUUGUGUAACUAGAUUUGCUACCCAGUUUUACACAUUACAGAGUGUCCAUGAGAAUCGACACCAUCUCCAAGUGUUGUUUGUAUCUGAGCAAUGGAGAAAAAGUGACUUUGCAAAGAAAGCUCCUGGAAAGAGAGUUGAGAAGAUAGUAGCAAAGCAAUCUUUCUGGGAUGGUGUAUAUUUAGCUUGCCAAAUAUAUGCUCCAUUGGUGGAUAUUGUUCGUUUGGUUGACACAGAAGAAAGACCGUGCAUGGGAUACAUCUAUGAUGCGAUGAGUCGAGCGCAAGAUCAAAUAAGCAAAAAUCUAACUGAUGGGAAUAAUGACAAAAAAGACUGGCAGGUAGAAUUUUGUCUAUCAUUCAAACAAGAUGUAACGACCAACUUCUUCAUCCCUUACAUUCAGAUUAUGACGGGACUUUAUGUUGCUAUUGACCGCCUUGUUCCCGAUGAAGAUGAAAAUGAUACUUUGAGACUAGAAUUGAAUCUCUACAUUGAUUUAAAUGGACAAUUUGGAUCUCCAGCUGCUAAAAGGAGUAUGACAAAAGUUGCACCGUAUAUAUGGUGGCGUUCUUAUGGGAUCGAUACACCUAUCCUACGAAAGUUUGCUAUCACGCUACACUCUAAGAAAAGAAAUUGUCUUUUGCAACAAAAACUAAAUGAACUUGUUUUCAUCCUAUACAACACAAGGUUGCAAAAGCGCUUCAUGUCUUUACAAAACAAAUCUUUGGAUCCUAUUUUGCUACGGGAUGUUGAGGAGAAUGAUGACUGGACAAUACCAACGGAAGAUGAGCUUCAAGACUUUGUGGAUGGUGGUGAUGACCUUCUUUGGUCAGAUGUGCAAGAAGCAAUGGGUGCGAAUGAAGACGCUCAUCCAAAUAUUAGGAGAAAACGAGAACGUUAUAGAGAUGAUGAUGAUGAUAUUGUAGAUGUAGGGAAUGAUUUUGAUGAAGAAGUGAAUGCCUUGGAUGAUGUUGACUCGGAUGCCGAACCCGUGCCAUGCGAUUAAACUCUAUUUGACACUUUGACACUACGUAGUUUCUAUAUUACUAUAUUAG